AUGAAUAUGCAGGUGAGAGCAGCCGAUAGUUGUGGCAAAGGGCAUAAAAAUCCGGGGAAAAUCAAGUUUAUUUCUAACGGUCUUGGGUGGAAGGAAACCAUCACCGGUGUUGUGAUAACGAUCAAGUCUGAAGAUAUACUCUCCAUGGCAUGGAGCAGGGUUUCGCGCGAUUACCAGCUUCAAAUUGUGCUGAAGGAGGCUUCGUCAGGCUCUUCAAACACAUCAAGUUAUUCCUUUGAUGGGUUUCCAAAAGAAGCUCACGACCAAAUAAGGGACUUUAUCCGUCAAAAUUACUCUGGAAUGUAUCUUGACCAGAAGGAAUAUUCGCUGAAAGGUUCCAAUUGGGGAAAGCUGAGUUUCAACGAUCAAAAAGUCACAUUUAGCGACACUUCACUGCCUUCAAAUGAGUCGACGAUUCUUUCGCUUUCUAUCUCCGACAUUUCAAAUGUGGCCCUGACGGCAAAGAAUGAGAUCUCCAUUGAGACGGCUUUAGACCCCUCCUCUAAGCGAACAGAUGCACUUGUGGAUAUUAGAUUCUUUGUUCCUGGAGAAGCGGACGGAGAAAUCGGUGGAGAGGAUGAGGAGGGCGAAUUUUCGCCUUCCCCAGAUUCGGCAAAUGGUCUUGUGCAAAGCAUUAAGAGUGCAUUGGAGGCAACCGGGUCAGAUGUCGCCUCAAGCGAAAUUGUUGCGUCGUUCCGGGAUUUACCGUUUAUCGUGCCGCGUGGACGAUACGAAAUGGACUUGUACAUUUCUGCGCUGCGCCUUCGUGGCAAAUCGUAUGAUUACAAGAUACCAUAUGCAAACAUUGUUCGUCUCUUUCUGCUUCCCAGGCCAGACGACAGCCAUGUGCUUAUGGUGCUUGCUCUAGAGCCCCCGAUAAGGCAGGGGCAGACCAGAUAUCCUUUCUUGAUUGUGCAGUUUGCAAAAGAGAUGGAUACAGAGGUCGAUAUUGCUCUGGGCGAGCAGGCCAGAAUUCCUCUGGGCCUUGAAGCUUCAUAUGAGGGGCCGCAAUAUGAAGUUGUCUCGAAAUUGCUAAAAAGCAUCUCCAUGAAAAAGUUGAUCGUACCUGGCGCCUCUUUCCAAAGCCCUCAAGGAUUCUGUGCAGUCAAAUGCACCGUUAAGGCCAACGAGGGGCAUUUGUAUUUUCUGGAAAAAUGCUUCCUAUUCGUCCCAAAGCCUGCCAUCAUUUUACAACACGACAAAAUAUCUUCUGUAACAUUUUCGAGGCAAAUACCACAGGCACAUCUAGAACUUUUGAUGGAAGAGUUUGGAGCUUUCGAAAAGUUCCUUAGGGACAAAGGAAUAAGAUACCAAAAUGACCUUCCAGAGCAGAGGAAAAUUGCAUAUAAGGGUGGAUCGGAUUCUGGAUCCGACGAUGAUGCCGUUAUUCCAGUGCGUUCUGAUAUCGAAGACGGGGAAGACUCCAGCACCGACGAAGACUAUCAAGAGGGCGAUUCUGGGGCUGAGUAUUCCUCUUCCGCCUCUGACGACGACAGUGAGAGCAAUGGCAAUGAAUCUGCUGAGGACAUGGACGAAGAAUAG